AUGGCGGACGUAGUACUCACGGUGGCCAAGACGCUGGUGGAGGGGACGCUGUCCAAGGCCCAGAUAGCGAUCGAGGAAGAGGAGAAGCUGCGGAAGAGGGCGCAGCGGGAUCUGGUGUUCAUUGCCGGGGAGUUCCAGAUGAUGCAGUCCUUCCUCAGCACCACCACCAAGGAGAACGUCAAGAACAUCAUGGUGAGCACCUGCGUGACCCAGGUCCGUGACCUCGCCUAUGACGUGGAAGAUUGCAUCGAGUACAUCCUCCACCUGGACACGAAGCCUGACUGGUGGUGCCGCAUGGUUCCGUCAUGCAUGGCACCAUCUCGGCCCCUGGAUGAGGCGGUCGAUAUCCUGGAGCACCUAAAGGGGAGAGUCCAGGAUUUGGGCGAGAGAAGCUCUCGCUACAAACUUAUCAGCGAGGACUCUGGCUCCAACCUUGUCAACGAGAUGGGGCAGCUGGCGACUGCUGGUUCAUCUGAAUUGAAGCAACGAGACAUGGAUGCUCUCACAAAGUUGGUCACCAAGAGCGGCAGCGACCUUGAGGUGAUCUCCGUCUGGGCGUUCGGCGACGAUCUUGGAGCAGCGUCCAAGUCCAUCAUCAGGAAGGCCUUCAAAAACACAAAAAUCUGGGGGAAUUUCAGCUGCCGUGCUUGGGUCGCCAUGGGUAAUUCUUUCGAUCUCCGUGGGAUCCUCAGAAGCUUAAACGAUCAGUUUAGUGGUGCUGUGGAUGAUCAGGCGUCAGUGGCGGAGGAUGAUCAGCUGGAACACCUGCGCACCAAGGUGAAGGAACAAGUGAACAGAGAAAAGUACCUCAUUAUCCUCGAAGACCUGUCCACCAAGGAAAAUUGGGCUGAUAUUCAGGAGUACCUUCCAGACAGGAGUAAUGGGAGUCGUAUUGUUGUGCUCACACAGCAGUUCCAGGUUGCAAGCUCUUGCACGGGGUUUCCGUAUAUCCAGUGUUUCUGGGAUGAUUACCCACUCUGUGUCUUCUCCAAGGGCAAUGAGUUUUCGUCGCUCCAUUCAUAUUGUUUCGAAGCAAAUGAAGCUAUAUCCACCGGUGAAGAAAUAGGAAUCGGAGAUCGUGUCGAGUACCUUGUUGUUAUUGAUAAUCUGGAGUCAACAGAAAAGUGGGACUCGAUUCGAAAUGCACUGGUCUCUAGGCCUUCUAAAAGCGUUAUUAUUGUCAUUACAAAUGAUGAAAGCAUUGCCCUACACUGCGCAGACAAGAAGGAGCUCGUGUUUAACGUCAGAUGUCUAGAAGUUAGAGCAGCCAUUAAGCUCUUCAAAAAGGAGGUAACUAAGAAUCCAGAUAACCCUGUAGACGAUAUUGAUACGAAGCUGAGACCACUUAUUUUAAAGUGUGGUGGACUUCCAAAAGUAAUAGUUGCUGUAGCGGACUAUUUGUCCCAACAUUUCAAUUGGGAAGAAAAGGCAACAACUCUGAAUGAUCAAUUCGUAAACAACCUGGAGACCUGGCCGGAGUUUGCUUCUUUAGCUGACCUAUUUAGCUGGAUGCAUUCCUACCUCGGUGCCUUGCCGGAGCCCGUCCGGCAGCAUGUCGCCUACCUAUUAAUUUUCCCUGGGCAAAGCAGCAUUCGGAGGCGGCGUUUGCUGAUGCGUUGGGUUGCCGAGGGGUACUCCAGGGACAGUGACAGCUGUACCGCGAAUGAGAAUGCAGAGAAGCACUUCUCAAAGCUCGUUCAGCUGAGCAUGGUUCACCGGCCACUCCUCACAACCAUCACACACAUGAGAAUGGUUUCCUACGAAGUUAGUAAUAUCUUCCACGAAUAUAUGGUCACCCGACCUUCCGAAGAAAACAUUGCCACUGCAAUUGAGAUCUUUGAACUAAACGGAAUUUGCAGCCCAACAAGUAGACGCAGAGGACGGCACCUUGUCAUCGGAGAAAGCUGGGACAGAGACCGGAUUGUGUUCAAGAACAUUGACUUCUCCAGGCUAAGGUCUUUGACAGUGUUUGGGAAAUGGGAAAAAUUCUUCAUCACUGAAAGCAUGAAGGUGCUUCGGGUUCUUGAUCUGGAGGAUGCAUCAGGUGUGACAGAUAAAGACCUCCAGAGCAUUCUAAAACUGCUGCGUCGCCUCAAGUUUCUCUCGCUGAGAAAAUGCAGUGAGAUCAAAUAUCUGCCAAGUUCAGUGGGUGAGCUAAGACAGCUCCAAAUUCUUGAUGUCAGAUACACCAAAAUAAGCAAAAUUCCAACGUCCAUCACUAACCUGAAGAAGCUGCAAUACAUGCGUGUGGGCCCCACGGUCCCAUCUGUGGAUCGAUCAGCACCUCAUACUGUAGCAUUCAAGAUGUCCGAACUCCGCAGAUGUCUUCAUCUAGUUGGUGUUGAGGUGAUGUCAGGGAUUGGAGAAUUGACAGCGCUGCAUACACUUGGAGUUAUCAACAUCGGUGUGGCAGGGGGCAAAGUCAUCCUGAAAGAGCUCAGGAAACUCACUCAAUUGCGAAAACUUGGGGUGUCUGGGGUCAGCAAGAAAAAUGUCAAGGAGCUCUCUUCUGCCAUCUUGUGCCACUCUCGUCUAGAAUCCUUGUCAGUGUGGCUCAACAAGCACAACCAAGACUGUAUGGAUGGCAUGUUCCCCGAGAACACCAAUGAAACUUCAGGACCUGAAAUUAAACUUCAGAGCCUACAGAGCUUUAAACUGUAUGGCCUAGGAGGCAAGUUGCCAGAAUGGAUCAACCAGCUUGACAAUCUCAGGAAGUUAGUUUUGGAGAUGACUACAUUACCUGAAGAUACUUUUAGCAGACUCCGUGAUCUUAAAGUAUGUAUUCUACGUCUAUAUAUCAAGGAGCUUCCUGAUGGUAAGCUCGAUUUUUGUGUCAAGUUGCAUGGAGCACAGUUACGCUGCUUUGAAACAGUGAAGGUACUCGAGAUUUCUUGCUAUUCCAGCAUGGAUGUAACUUUUGGACCACAAGCACUGCAAAAUCUUGAGCUGUUGAAAGCUUCCUGCUGUAGUGGGUCAGGGUCAGUAAUGAAUUUCUCUGGGCUAGUAGAUCUGUCUGAACUCAAGGAGGUCCAGAUUAAAGGUUCCCAUGAUGGUGCACUCCGGAAUGUCGUGGAGGGGCAACUCUCCAUGCAUAAAAAGAACCCUGUUUUAUCGAUGGAAUAAGUACUUUCGUUCACUGAUGUAUCGCCAGUGGAAGUGUGAUACAUAGCUGAACUCUGCUUGAUUUAUUUGUUCCGUAGAUGGAAAAGCUGAGUCCAUAUAAGUGCUCUCUCGAUGCCUUUAUAUGUAUAGAGGAGAAUUGGACUAGGGCAUUGCUGUUGUACUUCUAUUGCUGUGUUGUAGGUUCGCGGUGUAUUACAGUAUGAGUGUAUGACAUACAUGCUCCUCUCUGGUUGUUUGUGUUUAUAUUUCUUUGGCUGGUUUUAUGUAUGAUAUGUUUCCUA